GGGGACAAUCGCCACUCCAUUUUGUCGCGGCAUUGCCAAGUUAGAUACGUUUAAAAGAAAGAAACGGAAUGAAGAGGCUCAGCGUCUUCCUGCUGGUUACGUUGGUGCUCGUCCUAUUAGCGAUCCAGGAUACAGCGAGCAAAAAGAUGAGCAUCGAGGAAGCGAAGAAAACUAUCAAGAACCUGAGGAAAGUUUGCAGCAAGAAGAACGAUACCCCCAAAGAGCUUUUAGACGGUCAAUUCAGAGGCGAAUUCCCGCAGGACGAGAGGCUAAUGUGCUACAUAAAAUGCAUCAUGGUAGCGACUAAAGCGAUGAAAAACGACGUUAUCCUGUGGGAUUUUUUCGUGAAGAAUGCUCGUAUGAUAUUACUCGACGAAUACAUUCCACGCGUUGAGAGCAUAGUUGAAACGUGCAAGAAGGAAGUGACAGCUACGGAAGGAUGCGAAGUCGCGUGGCAAUUUGGCAAGUGCAUCUAUGAAAACGACAAGGAGCUCUAUCUAGCUCCGUGAAUCUUUCAAUAGCAAAACGAUCGAAGAAGCAAAAUAAAUUUCUACACACCCGUACGUCGCUGUUAUAAGGAUCGAGAAACAGCCACGAUGGUGUGCAGAAAUAUUGGAAGGGCGAAACAACGUAUGUAGAAGAACCUAAACAAAUCUUACGAACGAUUUUACUUUAUUCGAUAACAUUCUCGAUCGAUGAUUUCUGCGAAACUAUCUCAAAAUUUCCGAUUUCAAUACAAAUCGUUUUAGAAAUUAGUUCCGAAAAAUUAUUUAAAAUUAAUUAUAAAUAUUACAUUGUAUAAAUCUAUCGCAACAUUUCCUUCAAUAUUUCUAUUACCUUGUAAUCUUCCGCUAUUAUUUCCUACGUUAUUAUACUCGUUUAUUACGCAACAA